AUGGGAGCUUCUUCUUGCUGGGUUUUUUUGGGGUUGGUGAUUGUGGGUUUAUUGGUUGGUGGUGGGAAUGGUUUUCCAGAAGAACAUCUUGUGAAGGCUUUGCCUGGACAGCCUGAAGUUGGAUUCAAACAGUAUUCUGGUUACAUAGAUGUGGAUUCCAAAGCUGGGAGAAGCUUGUUUUACUACUUUGUUGAAGCUGAGACUGACCCUGAUCGUAAACCUCUUACACUCUGGCUCAAUGGAGGCCCUGGUUGUUCAUCAAUUGGUGGAGGUGCUUUCACUGAAUUAGGUCCCUUCUUCCCCAGAGGCGAUGGCCGAGGCCUUCGCAGAAACAAGAUGUCAUGGAAUAAAGCAUCGAAUCUGCUCUUUGUUGAGUCUCCUGCCGGAGUAGGAUGGUCAUACUCGAAUACAAGUUCAGAUUACAACUCCGGUGAUGAAAAAACUGCAAUGGAUAUGCACAUGUUCAUGGUGGAAUGGUUGAAGAAGUUUCCCUCAUUCAUCUCUAGAGAUUUGUUUCUCACUGGGGAAAGCUAUGCAGGUCAUUACAUUCCUCAAUUAGCUGCUAAACUUCUGGAACAUAACAAGAAUUCUGCAGUAUACAAGUUCAACAUCAAGGGAGUUGCGAUAGGGAAUCCACUUCUAAAACUCGAUCGCGAUGUUCCAGCAACAUAUGAAUUCUUUUGGUCUCAUGGGAUGAUUUCUGAUGAAAUUGGCCUGACCAUCAUGAAUGAAUGUGACUUUGAAGACUAUACUUUCCCUAGUCCUCACAAUGUCACGACAAAAUGCAAUUCUGCCAUAUCUGAAGCAAAUCGUAUAGUUGGAGAUUACAUAAAUAACUACGAUGUGAUUCUUGAUGUCUGCUAUCCAUCCAUUGUGGAACAAGAGCUACGACUAAAGAAGAUGGCCACAAAGAUGAGUAUGGGAGUUGAUGUGUGCAUGACAUUUGAAAGGCGUUUCUACUUCAACCUCCCAGAAGUUCAGAAGGCUCUUCAUGCUAAUAGGACCAAUUUACCAUAUGGCUGGUCCAUGUGUAGUAGUGUCCUUAAUUACAACGACUCUGAUGGAACCACUGAUAUUCUACCGGUUCUAAAGCAAAUAUUGCAAAACAGAACUCCAGUAUGGAUUUUCAGGUGAAGUAUUCAUUCAUAUGAAAACUACAGCACAGAGUAAAUGAAUAUCACUUAAAUCGUGAAAUAUAUAUGCAGUGGGGAUCAAGAUUCUGUCGUACCAUUGCUUGGCUCGCGCACACUUGUCCGUGAACUUGCUCAUGAAUUGAACUUACAAGUUACUGUUCCAUAUGGAGCUUGGUUCCACAAGCGCCAGGUUAUUUUGAACUUCUGCAAUUUCAAUAAUCAGUUCAAGCAUAAAUUGAAUCAUUCUUGUGUUGAUACAUUCUCUUUCUCCUGAAAACAGGUUGGAGGCUGGGUGACUGAAUAUGGACAUUUGUUAACCUUCGCAACUGUAAGGGGCGCGGCUCACAUGGUACCGUAUGCACAGCCUUCAAGGGCUCUGCAUCUUUUCAGUUCAUUUGUCCGUGGCAGCAGAUUACCUAAUACAACAGCACCGAUGAUGGAUGAUUUAAAACUCAAAUAUUAGCGUUUCUUCCUAAGCAGUGACUCACAUUUGCUUUGUAUUUGAUUGUCUGCAACUUUUCCCAAAAUUAAACUUCAGAAAUCAAUUUGAUCCCAUCAGAAAGUAAUGGAAAGCAAUCGAAUAUUUGUGAAGCAUUCAUAGCACAAAAAUAUAUUUAACCAAAACCUCGUCAAAAAACAAAGUGUUGUGCCCCUUCACCAAAAAGCCAAACUUUAUAAGCACAAUCUCUCAGAGAAGAAGCAAGCAAAUAGAAUCAAACACAUUCUUGAAAACAACAUGCAAUUUUGCUUUCUUUUGUUUCCUUCUUUUUUUGGUUCAUUAUCCUAGGUAUUUUCCUGUUCUUUAAAAAGUUUCAGAGCUUAGUAACUCAAGACACCACAUCCAUGAAAAUCAAUCAGAUUCUUAAGUGAACCCAAUUAUAGAGUUGAACAGAUAGUGAGAACAUAAAGAGGAUGACCUUCUCAAGUGGUAACUUAUGCAGUGAUGCAGAAAGGUGACAGCCCAAAUAAGGUGAUCACUUUUGCAAAUAUGCAGAUUGUCUGAAUAAGGUGUCCUAUAUGAAUAACUUGAAUGAAGGGUUCUGACAUAUUCAGAUUACAUUUUUUUACAACCAAAUCAUACCUAUUGCAAAGUAUUGCGAUCAAUUUAUACACACCAAAAAAAAAAAAAAGAAGAAAGAAUUCAAAUAACUAUAUAUUUUUUUCUUUUCCUUUUUCUUUUCACAAUCAAAUUACCGGAAAGAAGUUGAUACUUAGUACUUACUCCCUCCUGUACUUAUUUUAAGGUAUUUUGAUUUCCCCUAAAUUUAAUUUGGUAAAUUUUUCGAAUUGAAAAAUGAGAUCUUAAAAGUACUUAGAAGACAAUAAAUGUUAAAUACAUUUUUAAAGUUUUAUUUCAAUUAGAAGAACAUACUAAAUGAAAUUUAAGAGAAUAUCUA